AUGGACCUGCCCAGCUCAUUACCACAAGAGACCGUUGACUUUGCGCACAAGAUGUUUGACGCAGCCCGGAACGGCGAAACUGAGCUGUUGAAAAGCGCAGUCGAAGCCGGUCUCCCGCCCAAUCUCACAAAUCCUCAAGGUAACACCCUGUUGAUGCUCGCGGCAUACUCGGGUCAUGCCGAAACUGUCAAGAUGCUGCUAGAGCACGGUGCAGACGCGAACCGCCAGAACGACAAGGGUCAAUCUCCCGUUGCCGGCGCGGUCUUCAAGGGCUCGGAAGAAGUCGUGCGUGUACUGAUGGAGGGCGGCGCAGACCCGCGAUCAGGACAGCCAAACGCCAUUCAAUCUGCCCGGAUGUUCAACCGUAUCGCGAUGCUAGACGUGCUUGGGGCAAAGGAGGGCGAAGGGAUGGACGCACCGAUGCCUGUUGGUCCUCCUAUGUGA